AACUGCUGUUUUAAUAGAGAUGAUCACACUGGGGUCAGCAGCAUCUGGUGAUUCAAGAGAUCUAGAUUUAGAUUUUGUAGGGUGUGUGGACUACCUCAAACUGAAUGGAUACAUCCUACCCUUCAGCGGGCACAAUGAGAUAGUAGAGGUGAAACCCAGUCCUUCACUCUUCCAGAAUGACUGUGUGUCUGCAGACGACUGCAUCCUCUCGCCUUGCUUUAAGGAAUCCUGUCUGACUCAGUCUUGUAUAAGUAGCAGUGACUGUAUUUCAUCUUCUUCAGAAAAUGGCUGGUGUGUCUGUUUACAGAAUGCCUCUUCUUCACCGUGCAGACCAUGCUCAUCUCCCACUGAGUACAAAGAAGAUUGUCUCCCAACCCAGAAACAUCCCCCCUUAUGGAUUAUUGCUAUUGUAUUUCCUAUAACUCUCAUACUACUAAUCUUAAGCCUCUGCUUUGUCAUGAAGAGAUGGGGUACUCUUUGGCACAUCAAACCAAGAAGUCAACCAACAAAACAGCAUGGCACAGAUAAUAUGGCAUUCAGUCCAGAUGAUGGCGAUGGUAGUGUCCAAAACAUUUGCAAUGAGAACAGCAAGAAACCAGAUUUGAUAGUUGCAGGGGAAUUGAGGCAGCGAGUUGAAAGCUUUAGCCAUAGCCACUUAACAGGGUUUGGGGGAAGUGAGCUAGAGUACUAUGAAAUUGACAGUACAUACACAACAUGCUGCUCUAACAUGAAGCCCCUGCAAAUAAAGACAGAUAAUUAUGAUAGGUUAGGCCUGAUUGAGCGUUUGGGAAAAGAUGGUAUUCCACAAACACAAAACUCUCAAGUUUCUCCAUCCAUUUGUGAAGAAACAACAAAGACGGAGUCUCACACCUAUCCUGAAUCCUCAGCUCUUAGACAUGGUAUACCGUAUACUACAAGAAUUUGUGGUAAAGUGGUUGAUGGGUGCAAAAACCAUCAGGCCCACCUCCUUUCCAAGCUUACCCCUGAACAAACAGAUCCCCCUAGUUUCCUCUCGGUAGAUGAGGUUAAAAUACUAAGCAUUCCUCUUGGCCAAGCUAAAGUGAGAGAGAGCUCAUCAGAAAGUGAUAGCCACAGUUCCUUCACUUGCUCAGAAUAUGAUUGUGAGAAAGAACUCCGCUUUUUGUGUGCACAGGACAAGUGCCAUGAGCAUACUGGUCAAGAGGACAGCUCAUACUGGCUGUUCCAUCACCCUUCAGAGACGUCCAGAUUCCUUCAGACAGACCUGCGUCUAGGAACAUCCAGCAUUGGGAGAGCCUACUCAACUUAG